AUAUCGACUAAGGGCAGUUCCUCUUCUUCUCCCACUUUUCAGAAAACCUUAAACCCUUGAAAAGCUUCCAUGGCGGUUCAACCCCGAUACCAUGUGAACUAAGCCUGGUAUUUAAGUGGGGAAGGGUAGAGGACUGCAGUUGGUCCUAAGGAUCGGCCUCAGAUGGGUUUCUCGGUCAUAAAAAAAAAUUCAGAAGGUUGGUACUGAAAAUCUUCUGAAGAACUCCAGACAGUACCAGUUAACCCCAAGCCUUUUUUGAACAAUUUGACUGGAAAGCCUGUGAUGGUAAAGCUAAAGUGGGGAAUGGAGUACAAAGGGUACCUGGUCUCAGUGGAUUCAUACAUGAACUUGCAGCUUGCAAACGCAGAAGAAUACAUUGAUGGACAAUGCACUGGUUCUCUUGGAGAGAUCCUGAUUAGAUGUAAUAAUGUCCUCUAUCUUCGUGGUGUACCUGAGGAUGAAGAAUUGGAAGAUGGCGACCGCGACUAGAUAGUGUUUUGUAUUAGUAGUGUGAUGGUUCUUUUGGUGCAAUCAGAUUUCUGGUUCAUUGAACAUGAUGGAACAACAUAUUCGUCUGCUCGAAUGUAUUAUCAAUUAUGUGUAAGCUUUCCUAGAUGCUGCUAUCUAAUCUAUAUGAUGAUGGAUAUAGUUGGGGAAGAGGUUGGUUUUCACUAUAGAACAAAACGAAGAUGGAAACGCCUCCCUUCUUCAUAUUGAGGAUCUUGAUAAACUCUACGACUAUGAGGAUUCAAGUAGGUUUUUGGAGUGUGUUUAUGGUCUA